AUGUCUGAAACAGUGAUCAAGAAUUGCAACGAUAAUUACAUGACAAUGACAAGUGAAUUGAAUAUAAAAACUGAGCUUGAAGACAGCUGCGGAAAUGAUAAGAAUGAUAAGAAUGAUGACGAUAAGUGUGGUGUGAAGGAGGAAGAUGACGGGAGGAUGAUGAACCAGCGGGAGAACAGGCUCACCACGAUCAUCGAUCAGCUGAGAUGCCAGAGCAAGUUGAAAGGUAAGAGAUAUUUCAAUACUUUAGUGUACUCAUACUUCUAA